AUGCAGCGGUGGGAGCUUCUAUGUCCCGAGUGCGAAGAAUGGUGCCAGACUGGUAUCCACAGCAGGAUCUCUCUUUGGAUACCUGGGCAGUUCAGGUCAUUCAGCAACCACCGAGGAAGUAAGAAAUGUGAGGCCACAGCUAAAAAGAAAAAGAAAACUGGGAACACGCCUGAUGCGCCAAUACCUCGUUCCCUGGCUGCAUCAAAUGUUGAUAGUAUUCGCGAAAUUGUCAACAAGUUAGAAGAUGCCCUGGAGGGAGUUUAUUGUCCACGAGGCUACGGUGCAGAUGAUUUAGAUAUAGCUACUUUAGUUUACAGACUCGGGGGACGCCAACUCCUUUUUGCCCUCAACAAGACCCUUGGUCUCCCAUCCCUUCGUACUCUCCAGACUUGUUCUGUCUUCAACUCGAUCACUCCGACAAUUGGUCCCAUCGUCGAUCAGAACUUCGACAACAAUAUCCGAUCAAUCGUUCUCAACACCCACGUCGGCGUGACAUCACCCCGCGGCAUCAGUCUUAUGGUCGACGAAAUGGCCAUUGAAGAAAUGGCCAUCCACUACCCCAGGUACAACAAGAUUGGGGGUCUGUGCUGGAAGCACUCCAGUCUCAUUGACCCUGUGCUCCGCACGUAUGACUCUGUGGUCAGGAUUGCACAGAAGAUUCAUGAUGGGGAGGUACACCUUGGGAAGGAGGUAACGGUCAUAGGAGCUGCGUGCUUUGGCGAAGAAGAACUUUAUCCGAUCCUAGUUGUGCCCACCUGCAAGACCGAAGAUUCAAAAGACACCAAGAUCGUGCUUGCUCGCGCGAUCCAGCGCUGGAGCGCAACUGGCGCAGAUCAGAUCGUCGGGCCUGUGUGGUCAUUCGCUACAGAUGGUCACCGACUGUUCCUUAAGAACCCCCUCUCCAUGCACUCACCAUUGUAUGGCAUACUUUCCAACAUGGCCGGGUUGAACACGUUCACUGGCGAUGACGAGAUCACGCUUGAUUUCGAUUUCAAACAUAUAUUCAAACAUGAAUCUUCUACUGACUAUUCAAAUGAUUUAGGCUUCUGCACGCUCAUUCGCUCCCCUGCCGGCAUUACUCUGAAUAAUGGCCGUCUCAUCAAUGCGGUCAUGCUUGCACGCUACCUUGUUUGGUUGCCAGCAUAUGAUGAGGCGAGCGUCGUCAAACUUCUUCACCUGGAUGAUCCGCAGGAUGUUCCCCGAGCCAUUGAGCUCAUGUCAGCCAUCAUCGACUUGUCAAAAUCACAGCACACCAUUCUCAACAACUCCUUUUCCUCAGAUAUCGAUACAUGUGCAGACCUUGCCUCGAUCACGCUUCUCAGCAGUGUGAUUGAAUCAAUUCUCAUUCCCUUCAUCAAUGUCGAUCUCUCGCUCACAGAACAGGUACAAUAUCUCAGUCGCUACACCCACCUUUCAUUUGCACUCUUCCGCUCUCAUUGA